GAUCGCACAGUUUGUGCUGCGGAUGAUCACGAUAACAAACAAUUUACAGACAAAGAGGUGUAUCUUGAUAUGACAAAGGAUGGAGAUCCACUUGGUCGAAUCACUAUCCAGCUGUACAGUGAUGUUCCUAAAACUUCACAGAAUUUCUAUGCUCUCACCACUGGUAUUUGUGGCUAUGGGUACAAGGGCAGCACUUUCCAUCGGAUCAUCCCAGGUUUUAUGUGUCAGGGUGGGGAUUUCACACAUCACAAUGGAAUGGGUGGAAGAAGCAUCUAUGGGUCCACUUUCAAGGAUGAGAAUUUCCUGCACAGGCACACUGGAUGUGGCGUAGUAUCCAUGGCAAACAGUGGCCCUAAUACAAACAACUCUCAGUUCUUUAUAUGCUUUGCUGAAACCAAAUGGUUGGAUGGCAAGCACGUUGUCUUUGGCAGAGUAAUAGAUGGACUGGACGUUGUAAAGAGUAUAGAAAAAUGUGGAACGAACAGUGGAAAACCAUUACACAAGAUUGUUAUUGCGGACUGUGGGGAAGUUGUUAAGACGCAUACACAUGAAAACUUGUGA